AUGGCGUCUAGUUGUACUGCUUAUAAUGUUUCCAUACCAGCUGAUACGAUUCCAACUGCAGAAACAAAAAUAAAACUUGCAGAUAAAAUUUUGAUAUCUCCUCUUGUUUUGGGUACUUGGGCUUGGGGCGAUAAGAAAACAUGGUCUUGGAAUGAUGAAUUAGAUGCAAAAGCAAAAGAAGCUUUUGAUAUGUCUAUAUCGAAAGGUAUUAAUACGUUUGAUACGGCUGAAGUAUAUGGUGAUGGUGAAAGUGAACGUUCAAUAGCUCGAUACAAAAAAGAUCAUCCUAAUGCAAAAGAUAUUGUUAUUGCUACAAAAUUUCUUCCGUAUCCUUACAAGUUAUCUUAUCCAAGUUCACUGAUCAAUGCGCUUCGAGGAAGUUUGGAAAAAUUGCAGGUCGAUUGUGUUGAUCUUUAUCAAAUACAUGGUCCUAUUCAUCUACGUUCAAUUGAAGUUGUUGCUGAUGCAUUAGCAGAAGCAGUUAAACUUGGUUUAACCAAGACAGUUGGUGUUUCAAAUUAUUCAACAGGCGAAAUGAUUAAAAUGUACGAUUGUUUACAAAAACAUGGUAUUCAACUUGCAUCAAAUCAAGUUGAAUAUUCUAUUCUUCGACGUACACCAGAAACGUCUGGACACAUUGCUGAAUGUCAUAAACGAGGCGUUGCUGUUCUUGGAUAUUCCCCUCUUGCUAUGGGUCGUCUUACGGGAAAAUACUCAGAAGCCAAUCCACCACCUGCUGGUCGCCAUUUUUCUAAUGUGAACAUGAACGAAUUAGAACCAUUAUUGACGACAAUGAGACGUCUCGCAGAAAAAUACAAUGUUAGUGUUUCCUCGGUGGCUUUGAAUUAUGUCAUAUGUAAAGGUGUGAUUCCACUUGGUGGUGCGCGAGAUGGCAAGCAAGCUGAACAAAAUGCCGGUGCUUUGGGAUGGCGUUUGAAAAAUGAAGAAAUCACUGAAAUCGAAAGUCAUACGUUUAAUACAAUUCCUUCGUUCUGGCAUCGAUUUUGGCAACAUGGUUGA